AUGCCGCCAACAGCUACCACGUCGCCGUCGAACCCCAAGAACGUUUCGUCUCCUUCUAAAAGCCCGGAAAACCCUGUUGACGACUUCUUCUUGUUCAUCGACAAGUACUGUGCUCAAGGCGGGUUCAGGCGCCUCAAGGGGUUAUGCCAGGAAAAUGAAGACCUCAAGGCGAAGAUCAAUCAACUCAACACCGCUUACGAUCAAAACAUCCAAGCACUGACAAGGUCUGAAAAUAAGUGGCAAUCCGAAAAUGGCAGAUGUGAAGAGGCCAACCGCGCCAAAGAGGCUGCCGAAAAGGACCUGAAAGACGAAAAAGCAAUCUCGCAAAAGCUUAACAAUCAAGUUCAGGCCCUGGACAAAGAUGUCAAAAGGGCAAUUGCUACGACCAAGGCCAAGGAAGUCCAGAUAGGACAAUUGACCAACAUCGAGAGGUCACAAGCUGACAACCUGGAGAAUGCCCAGAGGGAGAGAACAAGGCUCGAGGGGGAGUUGCGGUCGAAAAGAGAGCAAUUGACCUCCAAGACUACUGAGUUAGACCGAGUUCAGGAGAACCUCAAGGUCAUUCGAUCUUUCGUUAUCGACUUAGCAAGUCUUGCGGACAAGAAAGUCAUAAUGCGUGAUUUGUUGGCCAACUUCUUUCACAUUGCCCUCAAACACAUGGAAGCGUUUAUGUAUAACGACCUCGAUGAUGCGUGUCUUACGAAUACCUUAGCAUGGAAGAAGACCAGGAUGCAAGUGUCAAGCCAGCAACAAAUCCCACUGCCAGCUUCCAACUCAACAUUCGCCAAGCAGAUGAGAGUCGUCGCCGGCCUCGUAAUCUUUGGUAAAGCACUUGCCAAGCACAUCUUCAGAUCAACCUACAUCACGCUAGGCGGUGAGCUUGACGAUGUCUUGUCCGAUCUCGAUACCCAGAACUCUCUCCAUGAGAUGUACCUCCGUGCUGUCGUGCUGAAGGUUCUUCCGGAGACGCAGAGAAAGAAUCAAGGAAUAGCAGUCAAGUCGGUCGUUGCAGAUGUGUCAGAUGCUUUGAGCGUUCUGGUCCCCCCUUCACAACAAGGGGAAUUUGACUCUCGCCUGAAGCAGGUCUCCGACGAGAUAUGCCAUGACUGGUUGCAGGUUCAACAACUGCAGGAGAGAGUGAGGCCAAGCUUCUCGUUCGACUUCCCCGCAGAAUGGCAGCCAUUGCCGCCACCAUUCGCCCAGCUCGCCUCCACACCAUCAUCAUAA